CUCACCCCCCCCCCCCCCACCCUUAUUCUUUUAGUUCUCUUGGUUGCUUGCUCGCUAGUCACAGCCAAAGCCUCCACUGUUUCCCUUCGACACCCCUCUCUCUCUCUCUGUCGCAGAGUAUCAGGCUGCUUUUAGUCUUCAAUGGCUCUUAUGCUAGACAACUGUGAAAGCAUAUUGCUGUCACUAGACUCCCAUAAAUCGGUCCCAGCCCCGUUUCUUACUAAAACCUACCAAUUAGUUGAUGAUCCCACCACCGACCACAUAGUAUCUUGGGGUGAAGAUGAUACAACUUUCGUUGUUUGGAGACCGCCUGAGUUUGCCAGAGAUCUCCUUCCUAACUAUUUCAAGCAUAACAACUUCUCUAGCUUUGUCAGACAACUUAAUACCUAUGGUUUUAGGAAGGUUGUACCUGACAGAUGGGAGUUCGCAAAUGAGUUUUUCAAGAAAGGAGAGAAGCAUUUGCUCUGUGAAAUCCAUAGAAGAAAAACAGCUCAGCCACAUGUAGCUUUCAAUCACCAGCACCAUCACCACCCACAUUCUCCGCUGGGUGUUAACGGACCAGGUUUCUUUCCAUUUUCAGGCCGAGUUAGCAUCUCGCCUUCUGAAUCAGAUGAACAACCCAACAACUGGUGUGACUCGCCGCCUCUCUCUUCACCGAGAGGAGGAGAGGCUAAUGCUUCAGUUAUUAAUGGUGGUGGAUAUAACAGCUCGGUAACUGCCUUGUCAGAGGAUAACGAGAGAUUAAGGAGAAGCAAUAACAUGCUCAUGUCUGAGCUUGCACACAUGAGAAAGCUUUACAAUGAUAUUAUCUAUUUUGUCCAAAAUCAUGUUAAGCCUGUGACUCCAAGCAAUUCCUAUCCUUCUUCCUUGCUUCUUUGUUCCCCAACAUCUACUGCUAACCCUUUUGCUUCUAACGGCUCUUUGGUACAAAAGCCUUUAAACCAGCUCCUUGGAUAUUACCCUCCUACUAACGCUAAGCAAAUUCCUCAGGUUCAAGUUUUAAACUCUCCUAGCACCACUUCACAGAGCACUCUGACAAUUCUUGAAGAUUCCAACACCAAUGGCUUCAAGACGAAGUUGUUUGGUGUGCCUCUACAAUCCAAGAAAAGAUUGCACCCCGAAUAUUCUUCUAGUACCGGAAACAUGGAGCCUAGUAAAGCUCGUUUGGUGUUAGAAAAUGAUGAUUUAGGGUUGAAUCUCAUGCCACCUUCAGCAUGUUAGUUCCUCAAUCAUUCAAAGUUCUGAGGUUUCUGCCCUCUUUUCUUUUUUCUUCCUCACUACUUUCAUUUAGAUUUUUUCUUGUUCGAUUGCCAUGUGUGUGCGUGCUGUGUGGGCGUUUGUGACUUUGUACAUAAUUUUAGUGCCAGGGUAUUAUCUUGUUUCCCUCCUAGCCAUGAGUGCAGGCGGGUUUUUGUUAGAGUGAUUAUCAAAGAAAAUUUAAAAAUCACAAACUCCAUCUUCCUCUA